AUGUCCUUCCCGCAGCCUACUCCGACGGCAAUCUCGAGGGAGCAUGUGGAUGAAGUGAAAGAGGCUAUCUCUCUAACCCCAACGGGCAAGGGAAAUGGAGAUGACAACAAUCUGGAUGAUAUUGCCCAGAUAUUAAUGGACCAGGAGGGUAUUGAAUACCCGGCCGAGGAACAUCGAAAGCUACUGCGAAAUAUUGAUUGGCGAAUUGUUCCCCUCGCUGCUUGGGUCUGCGGUCUACGAUUUGUGGACAAGGUACAUAUGAAAGAGCAGUUCCUACCAUCCCAUGGAUUCUUAUGCGAUAUUAUAGUCUGGUCUUGGCCGCCACGACAUAUGGUCUUCGCGAUGAUCUUCACCUUGUUGGCCAAGAGUACUCUUGGUGUGUUUCUGUAUGGCUCCCCGGCUUGGCCCUCUCAAGACAAGACCACUAAUGAAGGUAUACACAAGAAGAGCAGCCUCUGCGGUUUGAUCCCUCUUUUCAAAAAAUCUAACUUUGAACUGCGGGGCUUAGUCAUGUCACAACAGGUCCCAUACUCAUUUCAAAUGUUAUUCUCCCAGACUGCUGGGAGUGUGACAACAAACUUUCUCGGGAUUGUGAUCAAGGGGUUUGGGUACACUGCACUGAAGGCACAAUUAUAUACCGCCCCCAAUUACGCCAUUCAGGCCGUUACGCAACUCCUAGUUUCCGGUCCUCCGACAUUCUUCGUCUUUUUCCGCAACAAGAAACAGCCACUUGCAGCCCUAGCUAGUAUCGUUGGCGUUAUCGGUAUCAUCAUUCUAUACGUGACUCCCCCCGAAGAACAGUACCAACACCGUCGACUCGCGGGCUGCAUUAUAAUCUCGGCUUCUGGCGUCAACUAUACGGUAAUCAUGUCUAUAAUCGGAGCCAACUUUGUAGGAUUUACGCGGAAACAAACGGUCACAUCAGCCGCCUUCUUCCUCUACUGCGUUGCUAAUAUCGUCACACCUCAAACCUUCCUAGGAGAGGAAAGCCCUCAGUAUCAUACUGGGCUGGCGUUUGUGCUAGCUUGUCUUUCGAUAUACAUUGUUCUCUCCACGACUACAUGGGUUGUCAUGCGAGUAGAGAAUAAUCGCCGAGAAUCGCGCGCUCGAGAGAACCCCGAGUAUGUCAGGAGUGCGGGGGGGCUGAGUAUGUUGUCUGGGCUCGGAGAUCAGACGGAUCUUCAAAAUAAACGCUUCCGGUAUUCCGGCUGA